AUGAGUCAAGAAGACCAACCGCCAUCAGAGUUUGGUCAACGGAGUAACAUCGCACGCGAGCAUACCUCACGACAAGACCGACCGCAAAGGCCCAUUGCCUCUACCACGACACGACCGACAAACCGCACUGCGAAGCAAUCCCUAAGAAUCCCAUCUGCUGCCCGUCAGCCUGCACCACAACCACACUACUCUCUUGCGAGACCGAUAAUAUCUCAGAACCAUGCACAGAGUUACGUUGAACCGGGUUACCACGAACUAAAUCCCAGAUAUCAAGAAACGCAACAAAAGCCGCUAUGGGGACUUGCAAAGCCAUUGCCUCGGGUUCUUCGGCCUGGAAUGAGGCGACAGGAUGAAGGCCCGCAGGGCAGACACGAUUUGCGUGAGGAUAAACAGGCCGAGGUGGAAGAGCCAGGGGAUUCCGAGGCAAUUCCACAAGUUGGUAUGAUCAACGAUCAGAGACACGAAGCUGGAAAGUCGCGUAUCGGAAAUGAAGGAGGAAAUGCGGGGAACAGAGGAUAUGGCAAUCAAGAAACGAACAACACCAGGCAUCAUCGCUUGGCAUUGGAAUCCAACCCCGAAAGCAAUGAUUGUGGUUCGCCUUACGAAGAAAAAGGCAAUCCUAUGGAGGGCUGGAAACAAACAACAAAUCAGUCAGGAUCGACCAACCCUUUUGAAGUUCACGGCGAUGCAGAUAUUGGAGAUGCGCGACCUCAAAGACUUUCAGACGUUCCAGAAAGACCUUCUAAUGGGGAGAUGAGUGACCCGUCUUCGUUGCAAGACGUUGACCUUGAGGCUGGUGAGGGAGGUGACUGGCCUCUCACUAAGUUGGACGACGAAACGCGGCGUACACUGAUAGAGCGUGACGCAUAUAAUAGCUGGUCUGCAAUUCGGGCCCGGUAUAGAGAACCUCUUGCAGAGUGUCUAGCUACCAUGGUUGCUGUACUUGUUGGUCUUUGUACGAGUAUAUCAGUAGUCACAUCGAACAGCACUGCUGGUUCCUAUCAGUCUCAAAACUGGGCUUGGGGACUCGGUGUAAUGAUUGGGGUGUACCUAGCAGGUGGUAUUUCUGGAGGUCACCUCAAUCCGGCCAUUUCGCUAACUCUCUGCGUCUUUCGUGGUUUCCCCUUUCGCAAAGCGGUGGUUUAUAUCGCCGCCCAAUUAUUAGGUGGCUUUUUUGCAGGCUUGAUUGCCUACGGGAUAUACCAACCUGCCAUCUUGGCGUAUGACGCGACUGGAGGAGAUAUCGGUGCAGGUGGUGGUAGUACGAUUGCUGUUGAUUUGUUUACUGGUGGCUCGGCAAGAGCCUUUUUUACCUCCCCAGCGAAAUUUGCGGGAGCUGGAACAUGCUUCGGUAGUGAGUUUGUGGCUUCCGCGAUUCUUUCAUGUGCGAUCCUCGCACUUGGAGAUGAUUCGAACGCGCCCCCAGGUGCAGGUAUGCACUCUUUCAUCGUUGGACUAGUAGUAACAGUUCUCACUAUGGCAUUUGGUUACAUGUCAGGGCCAUGUCUCAAUCCCGCGAGAGAUUUUGGCCCUAGAGUUGCAACGGCAGUUGUUGGGUACGGUUCACGAGUUUUCACGGAUCGAAAUGUUUGGUGGAUUUACGGUGCAUGGGGAGCGACCAUUUCUGGUGGCUUAGUUGGAGGACUGUUGUAUGAUGUUGCUAUAUUUGUUGGUGGUGAAAGUCCCGUCAAUUAUCCUAAGGGUAAGAGGAAGAAGGCUAUCAAAAAGUCUAAGAGACGUUGGUCAGGGUUCAGGAGAUAUGUUACGAAGCAGAUGAAAAGAGGGGUGGAACCGAAGGAAACUUGA